UUAACUUCGCUGAUAAGGCUGUGUCUGAGACGUGUUGGUUUAACCCUUUUGUGAGACAUGCAGGUGUGUGUUUCAGCCAGGUUCACUAGUAGAUUCAGUCCAAAAAAAGAAGUUUAUUGGUGCUUGAUUGCACCUCUAAUAACUAUUUGGCAGAGAAUAAAUAGCGAAAGUUGUGGUGUGUGUGUGUGUAUCUCAUUUAGAAUAUCUAUCUCUCUAUCUUCAAAGAAUUUGGCACAAUGACAACAAAGUGUAGAGUAUAUUAAAGUAAACUUAACUUAAAUUUGAAUUAUUUACAGUAAUUAUUAAAGUGUUUGAACUUCUCCCUCCCUCUCAUUUCCAUAUGUUCUUUGACCUCUCUUUUCCCCGCCCCCAUCUGCCACAUGCAUACACCCACUUCCCUAACACACUGUGUUAAGGACAUCAGGAGCAUUCUUCCCUGACAUGUGCUUCUGUCACUCAUGCACAUGCAGCCACACAACUACACCACACCCAGUUGUGUUCCCACUGUGUCCUCUGUGUUCCCAGCACAAGGCUGGCACACUGCUCUCAGUCUUGUGAGCACGGCCCUCUGCUCCCCGUCUCUGUAGCUUGGAGCAAAGACCUGAACAAUAUCCCUGAAUCACCUGCAGCUCAAUUACAUUUUCUGUGGAUUUAAUGAUUUUUAAUUGAUAAAAACCUGUCGAUUUGUUUUUUGUGGAUAAACAAGGUAGAGACAAUAAUCCACAGUGGAUUUGUAUUUCAGAAGUGUUCUUCAACUGUGUUAACUCUGUAACUGUGUCUUCCAAAAUGGCACCUGUGAAAAGCUGGGUUGUGGGGCUCCUGCUGGUUCUCUUGUGCCCAUCGCAGGUCCCGCUCUCUGGUGUAGUGAGUGCCCAGGACGUAGCUGAGGAAGACUUGCAUGCCAGAAAUGUUGAGGAGGUUGUGGCUGAAGAGGGUGAAGACGCUGAGGUCGAUGAUGGGGAAGAGGUAGCAGAGGAGGAAGAUGAUGAAGGAUCAGAUAAUGAUUCACAGACUGAUGAACUGGAGGAGGAAGAGGAGACCGCUGAUGAGGAGGAAGAUGCAGAAGAAGAGACUGCUGAGGAAGAGGAGGUGGCUGAUGAAGACGAGGAAGCGGAGGCUGCAGAGGAAGCCGAUGCUGAGGAGGCAGCGAAGGAAGAUGAAGAGGCUGCUGAGGAGGAAGAAGACGAAGAGGCUGCAGAUGAGGAAGAGGAGGCUGAUGAAGAAGAGGAAGAUGCAGAGGAAGUUGACGCUGAGGAGGCAGCAAAGGAAGAUGAAGAGGCUGCUGAGGAGGAAGAAGAUGAAGAGGCUGCAGAUGAGGAAGAGGAGGAUGAUGAGGCACCAGCAGAUGAGGAGGAGGAUGACGAGGAGGAGGCGGCCGCAACUGAAAAUGAUGAUGAAGAGGAGGAUGAGGAGGCUUCUCAAGAGGUUGAGGAGGCAAGUGAAGAGGAGGAUGAAGCAACUGAAGGAGAGGAGUUUGGUGAGGAAGAGGAAGCUGGUGAUGCUGAGGAGGACAACGAAGAGGAUGAGUCUGACAACGAGGAUGCAACAGAAGCAGAGGAAGAUGACGAAGAUGAGCAGGAUGACACAAGUGACGAGGAGCCGGCCACUGACAUGCUGCAGUUCCACCCCAGCUCUUUGUGUAGUGUUUGCUCCAUCUGUGAGCACUGUUCUAAUAACUGUGACAACUGCCCCUGUGAAGAAGGAGAGGAAUCAGAUCACUGUGAGCACUGCCAGGGAUGCUCAUCCUGCUAUAUCUGCCCCUUACUGUGUGACACAAUUUGCACACCAGGUGGCCUUGUUGAUGAGCUAUCUGGGUCCCUCUUUCAGGCCGUUGCCUCUCUACUCUGAGAAACCUUUUGACGCCACCAUGUGGUUGUGUGAGGUGCUCUUCUCAGGAUUGGAGCUGUCCACCUGUCCAUACCUUUCCAGCAACAUGAAAACUCCCACAAGAGCUUGUCAUGAAUGGCUGACAGAAAAACAAAA